AUGUCCGAACAAGCACCGAAGCCGAACACAAUGGCAGAUGUCCUUUCAAUGUUGCCAGACAAGCGCCCAGUUCAAAUUCAAAUUUUGAAUUUGAAAGCUCAUCUGACAAACACCGUUAAGACUCUCCAAAGUAGUCUUAUGGAAGAGAUGACCAAGCUCAAAGCCGAUGUCCUCAUGAACCAAGCUUCCAAUGAGAAAUGCCUGAAUGAUUUGA